GAGGCAGCCCACAGCAGCCUGCGAAGCCGGGACGCGCCCGCCCCAGACACUGCGCCUGCGCCGGCACGGGACGUCUGCUUCGGGAUGAGUGCCAGCUCCGUGGAGCAGCUGCGGAAGGAGGGCAACGAACUGUUCAAAUGUGGAGACUACGAGGGCGCACUGGUGGCCUACACCCAGGCCCUGGGUCUAGGAGCGACGGUCCAGGACCAAGCCGUUCUGCACCGAAACCGGGCCGCCUGCCACCUGAAGCUGGAAGAUUACAAGAAAGCGGAAACUGAGGCAACCAAAGCUACCCUCACCUUUUCUGAGGCUGAAGUACCGAGCCCCACAUUGAUCCCCCCCACCUUCCUCUGGCCCUCGAGAUCUUUCCCUACUGCUCUUGCCUGGAGAUGGUGGCCUCAUGGGUGCUGACAGAGCUCCUGUUUAUGCUCAGCCAUUGAAAAGGACGGUGGGGAUGUCAAAGCACUUUAUCGGCGGAGCCAAGCCCUAGAGAAGCUGGGCCGCCUGGACCAGGCUGUCCUUGACCUGCAGAGAUGUGUGAGUCUGGAGCCCAAGAACGAAGUUUUCCAGGAGGCCCUGUGGAGCAUUGGGGGCCAGAUCCAGGAGAAGGUACGAUACAUGUCCUCGACAGAUGCUAAAGUGGAACAGAUGUUUAAGAUACUAUUGGACCCAGAAGAGAAAGGCACUGAGAAAAAGCAAAAGGCUUCUCAGAACCUGGUGGUGUUGGCCCGAGAGGAUGCUGGGGCUGAAAAGAUCUUCCGCAGCAAUGGAGUUCAGCUCCUGCAACGCCUAUUAGAUACAGGAGAGACUGACCUCAUGCUGGCGGCUCUACGCACCCUGGUUGGCAUUUGCUCUGAGCACCAGUCACGGACAGUGGCAACCCUGAGUGUGCUGGGAACUCGGCGAGUAGUCUCCAUCCUGGGUGUGGAAAACCAGGCUGUGUCCCUGGCUGCCUGCCACCUGCUGCAGGUUAUAUUUGAUGCCCUCAAGGAAGGCAUCAAGAAAGGCUUCCGAGGCAAAGAGGGCGCCAUCAUUGUGGAUCCUGCCCGGGAGCUGAAGGUCCUCAUCAGUAAUCUCUUAGAACUACUGACUGAGGUGGGGGUUUCUAGCCAAGGCCGAGACAAUGCCCUGACCCUCCUGAUUAAAGAGGUGCCUCGGAAGUCUUUUAAGGACCCCAACAAUAGCCUCACCCUCUGGGUCAUUGACCAAGGUUUGAAAAAGAUUCUGGAGGUGGGGGGCUCUGUACAGGACCCUCCUGGGGAGCUCACAGUGACAGCGAAUAGCCGCAUGAGUGCUUCUAUUCUCCUCAGCAAGCUCUUCGAUGAUCUGAAGUGUGAUGCUGAGAGGGAGAAUUUCCACCGACUCUGUGAAAGCUACAUCAAGAGCUGGUUUGAGGGACAUGGGCUGGCUGGGAAGCUACGGGCCAUCCGGACAGUGUCCUGCCUCCUGCAGGGCCCGUGUGAUGCUGGCAACCGGGCCCUAGAGCUGAGUGGAGUCAUGGAGAGUGUGAUUGCUCUGUGUGCCUCUGAGCAAGAGGAGGAACAGCUGGUGGCUGUGGAGGCUCUGAUCCAUGCAGCUGGCAAGGCCAAGCGGGCCUCAUUCAUCACAGCCAAUGGUGUUUCCCUACUGAAGGACCUAUACAGGCGUGGUGAAAAGGACAGCAUCCGCAUCCGGGCACUGGUGGGACUCUGUAAGCUUGGCUCGGCCGGAGGGACCGACUUUAGCAUGAAGCAGUUUGCUGAAGGUUCCACUCUCAAACUGGCCAAGCAGUGUCGAAAAUGGCUGUGCAAUGACCAAAUUGAUGCAGGCACGCGGCGCUGGGCAGUGGAAGGCCUGGCUUACCUCACCUUUGAUGCUGAUGUAAAAGAAGAGUUUGUGGAGGACAAGCCUGCUCUGAAGGCUCUGUUCCAGCUCAGCAGGUCUGAGGAGAGGGCUGUGCUCUUUGCGGUGGCCUCAGCCUUGGUGAACUGCACCAACAGCUAUGACUAUGAGGAGCCGGACCCCAAGAUGGUGGAGCUGGCCAAAUACGCCAAGCAGCAUGUGCCUGAGCAGCACCCUAAGGACAAACCAAGUUUCGUGCGUGCUCGGGUAAAGAAGCUACUGGCAGCAGGUGUGGUGUCAGCCAUGACGUGCAUGGUGAGGACUGAGAACCCUGUGCUGACUAAUUCCUGCAGAGAACUGCUCUCCAGGGUCUUCCUGGCUUUGGUAGAUGAUGUGGAAGACCGAGGCACUGUGGUUGCUCAGGGAGGGGGCAAGUCUCUGAUCCCGCUGGCCCUGGAGGGCACUGAUGUGGGGCAGACAAAGGCAGCCCAGGCUCUUGCCAAGCUCACCAUCACCUCCAACCCAGAGAUGACCUUUCCUGGCGAGCGGAUCUAUGAGGUGGUCCGGCCCCUUGUAUCCCUGCUGCACCUCAACUGCUCAGGCCUGCAGAACUUUGAGGCACUUAUGGCUCUAACAAACCUGGCGGGGAUCAGCGAGAGGCUCCGGCAGAAGAUCCUGAAGGAGAAGGCUGUGCCCAUGAUCGAGGGCUACAUGUUUGAGGAGCAUGAGAUGAUCCGCCGGGCAGCCACAGAGUGCAUGUGUAACUUGGCCAUGAGCAAAGAGGUGCAGGACCUCUUUGAAGCCCAGGGCAAUGACCGGCUGAAGCUGCUGGUACUGUACAGUGGAGAGGAGGAUGAGCUACUGCGGCGGGCAGCUGCUGGGGGUCUAGCCAUGCUCACUUCAAUGCGGCCCUCACUCUGUAGCCGCAUCCCCCAAGUGACCACACACUGGCUGGAGAUCCUGCAGGCUCUACUUCUGAGCCCCAACCAGGAGUUGCAGCACCGGGGAACUGUGGUGGUCCUGAACAUGAUGGAGGCCUCCAGGGAGAAUGCCAGUACUCUGAUGGAGAGCGAGGUGCUGGAGAUCCUGUCAGUGCUGGCUAAGGGUGACGAGAGCCCUGUCACAAGGGCUGCUGUAGCCUGCCUGGGGAAAGCAGUGGAAUACGGGCUUAUCCAACCCAGCCAGGAUGGAGAGUGAGGGUCCACUGCUGGGCACACACACACACACACCCUCUACACAUGCCACCUAGCAGCACAGAAAACCAGAACAGAAGCAGAGUGGCUGGUGGGGCUUGGCUGUGGAGCAUUCUUGCCUCCCUAGCUGUUUGAGGCUCUCUGUUCUGAGUCAGACGCUGCACUCAGUCAUACAAUCUGGCUGAGCCAAUACUGCCUGUAGUGUCACUCAGAGAGGUCGUUGUGGACAGGUGGGAAUGGGGAAUGUGCAUCCAACCCACCUGCGGGUGAUGGGGUACACGGAAGGGCGCAUCGCAUCACCUGCCAGUAGGAAUGCCCUCCAGCAAAAGUGUGUAGAAUGCGAGCGUGUGCCCUGUCUUUGGGCAGGGAAGGCUGCUGAGUGCGGGAGCGUCUGGCGCAGGUGCUGGGCAGGGGGGUGUGUGCCAGAGCUUUACGUCUGCAGCAGAGUUGCCUCUGCAAGGAAUCCAGUGGAUUCUCCACCCGAGGGACCAUUGAAUUGUUGCUUAAAAACAUCCAGUUUCGUGGAAAUAAAUGGUUUUAGGGUAUAAACUUCUGUA